GAGGGAAUAUCAUCAUACUGCUUAUUCCCGUCACCAUAUGAAUCACUACCGAAUCUAGAACAGUGCAUUGCAUAUGCGCUCAAGCUGAAGAUCGUUCUUUUUCUUCCCCUUGUCCGUUAUCGUUGGUGAUUCAUAAAAGUCAAAUAAGUUCAUUUUUUAGUAAAGUCUAAAAUAGUUGACAUCAUAUUUCUUCCGGUACAAGAAAAAUUCCAAACAGUUCAGGAAAUCUGAGAGAAACAGUCUCAACAGUAUUUUGCAUAAAUUGGUUAUCUUUUGGAUAAAAUCUACGACAAGGCGAAGACAGAAAUCAGUUCAAAGAGUUCCUAAUACAAUAAAAAAUUACGGUCAUGUCAUCCCCGAAAGAGUUUCAUAUCGACGCAGUGUAUCCCGAACCCUUGAGUCGUCUUCGGAGGGGUCACGGAAUGUCGCCCAGUGAAACUCCGAGUUCUGCUUCGUAUAGAAGAGCGGUGAAAAAGCAGAGGAAUCGUGGUUCUGCUGGAACAGGACGAUUUAGGACGCAACCUGUGACUUUCCAGGAAAUUAAGGAAGUAGACGAGGACAACAUCGUAGAGCUGGAAAGUGCUGACAAUCUACGUGGAAGUGUGGGAACCGUUGCGUCCUCCUCCUCCUUCAGAUCCGAAACUGAUCUAAAGGCCAGCUUUCAACUCUUCUACCAGUCGAUAAAGGCUGGAAAUGAUGACGAUUCUCUGGACAUUCCUGCCAACAUUAGUCCCGGAAGUGUCAUCUCGCCAACAACGCUGGACAAACAGCAAGGAGGAGAUCGUCCUCCACCUUCUUCUCACAAUUCCACGCCUCAUCAACCCACGUCCCCCAUCGUCAUUUCUUUAAACACGAGGAGUCGCCAGUCAUUUUGAGUCGCGUUUAUUUAAAUAUGUAGACCUAGAUUAAACUAAAGUUAUCGAUAGAUAACAACAACAACAUUUAUUUAUUUGCUAUGAAAAUUAUUCAUCAUACUGCUAGAAUUUACUUAACAAUUUAUGUAGCCAAUUAUUGUGAUUUACGUAUUUUUGCCAUGCACUUAUUUCAAAAAUUCUGGUAACAAAGUUUUGUUUAUUUAUUCAGAAAUAUUAAUGCAACAUUAUAAUUAAUUGAGACAAUAAUAAUAUAUCUAUUUAGUAAUAAUAAUAAGCUAUAACUGCGCUAAUUGUAUGCACAUCAUUCCCAGAACUUACUUGACAAACAACCAUACAAAAAUGCAAAGAAUGUACAUAAACAGCGUAACAUGUUUCACGGUGAGGUUUAAAAUUUAGACUUCAGUAUUCGUCGUAUAACGUAAAUAUAAAAAAAAAUGUCAACGCCUUGUCGUCGGAGUCGAUGUAAUUUUUCUCUGCAUACUUUAAAUUGUUAUUAGAGUGCUUCUCCAUGCAAUAAUCUGUGUCCUACAUAUACUUUUAAUAAAAUAAUGACUAAAUAUGUACGAGACAUGAUAAUGCAGAUUGUGUAGAAGUAGUGGUGACACCUGCAAAAAAAAAGUUUUUUUCGAACUUUACGACGGUAUUAUAAAUAUUAUGCGCAACAUCUCUUGUUUAUUUUGAUUUGUUUCAUAACAAUAACUUAAAAAUUGGAUAUGGCAUCAAAACUUUCUCCCAGCAAUAAAAACAUGUGAUUAUAUCGAGGA